AUGGCAACACAUGCUUCGAAGAGAGAGGGUAGCAUAGGCAAUGCUUUCUCCACUCUUCCAGAGUUGACCUCUAUGUCUCUGGAACCACGGUUCACGACCCUCAAAAGUGAAUUGAUUGCAGGAAAGGAAGACGUCAUCCAAGCAUCCUUCCACCGUCUGCUAGAUGCUUUGAAGGAAGAGAUAACAGUUGUCAAAGCACUCAAGAGUAAGGUGAUUCCUGAAAUUGACUUCAGGGACAUCAAGGAUGCAAGCACCAAGUUCAGUGCCGAUUACAAGACCAGAGGAGCAGCCAUCAUAAGAAAUGUGGUCCCGCCAGUCGAAGCAAUCGAGAUGAAAGAAGAGCUUCAGAAGUACAUCGCUUCAAAUCCACAAACCCGUGGCUUUCCGAGCGACGAUCCUCGAGUAUACGACAUGUUCUGGUCACCAGCUCAGAUCCGAGCGCGGUCUCAUCCAUACCUUUUGGCCGCUCAGAGGUUCCUUCUCUCACACUGGCACGCCAAGGACCCUCAUGCGUUAGUUUCUACUGCACAUCCGAUCGUCUACGCGGACAAGCUCCGUAUGCGGGCACUGGAGGACAGUGGCUUUGCUCCUGGCCCAAAUAUCGAUCGAGCUGGUCGAGAAAGAUGGGACCCCACAGGAUCUGGUUCCAAGGUCUACGGAUCAAUCUGGCAGGGCCGCUGGGAAGAUUACAAUCCUUGGGAAAUCACUUCGAGGCUGUCUCUGAACUCAGAUAUGAACCAAGGCGUUGGAGCAUGUAGCAUGUUUCGUGCAGCCCAAGGCUGGUUGUCACUAAGCACUAUUAAGGCGUGCGAGGGAACGUUAUUGGUAAACCCGAUGCUGAAACAUGCGAUGGCGUACUACCUUUUGCGGCCCUUCUUCUCUGCCAAAAUUGGGCCAAUGAACUUGGAGACUGGGGCUUUCGAUGAAUCUUUUCUUGCACCAGAGAACUGGAUUCUAGACCGUCCUCAAACUUCGUGGCUCCAAGGCGUAUCGUCGGGCAAGGGACCAGAGCUGAGUAAUGCGACGAACCCUCAUCUUGAGCUCCAAAGCACCAUGGUUCAUAUCCCAGAGAUAAGACCUGGUGAUUACGUGGCCUGGCAUUGCGACCAAAUACACGCAGUCGAGCAACAGCACGAGGGCACGACUGACAGCUCGGUGUUAUACAUUCCUACAUGUCCUCUUACGACACAAAACGCAGAAUUUCUCGCUCGUCAACGACAAGCGUUUCUUGAAGGACUUCCCGGCCCCGAUUUUGGGAGUGGGGUGGGAGAGAGCGGCCACGUCGGUCGACCAGGCCCAGAAGACGUCGAAGAGGCGAGUCAAGGAAAAGACGCAGGUAUGGUCGCGUUCGGCCUUCAAGAAUGGGACAGCUCAGCAGCAGGGCUGAGUGAGGCUCAGAGAGAACUGUUUGAUAGGGCGAACAAAGUUCUCGGCUUCUAUGACUAG